AUGUCUCUGUGGAAGAAAACCGUCUACAAGAGCGUGUGCCUGUCCCUGGCCCUGCUUGUGGCCGUGACAGUAUUCCAGCGCAGCCUGACCCCCCACCAGUUUCUGCAAGAGCCCCCACCGCCCACCCGAGAGCCACAAAAGGCCCAGAACCCAAGCGGACACCUGGUGAACCCCAACAGCUUCUGGAAGAACACCAAGGACGUGGCUGCCCCCACGCCCAUGGCCCCGCCAGGGCCCCAGACUUGGGACAUCAGCAUCACCAACUGCUCAGCCAAUAUCAACGUGACCCAGCAGCCCUGGUUCCAGGGCCUGGAGCCCCACUUCCAGCAGUUUCUGACCUACCGUCACUGCCGGUACUUCCCCAUGCUGCUGAACCACCCCGAGAAGUGCGGCGGCGCCGUCUACCUGCUGGUGGUGGUCAAGUCGGUCAUCACGCAGCACGACCGCCGCGAGGCCAUCCGCCAGACGUGGGGCCGGGAGCAGGAGUCGGGGGGCGGCGGCCGCGGCGCCGUGCGUACCCUCUUCCUGCUGGGCACGGCCUCCAAGCAGGAGGAGCGCGCGCACUACCAGCAGCUGCUGGCCUACGAGGACCGUCUCUACGGCGACAUCCUGCAGUGGGACUUCCUGGACAGCUUCUUCAACCUGACCCUCAAGGAGAUCCACUUCCUCAAGUGGUUUGACAUCUACUGCCCCCACGUCCAGUUCAUCUUCAAGGGCGACGACGAUGUCUUCGUCAACCCCACCAACCUGCUCGAAUUUCUGGCUGACCGGCAGCCUGAGGAAGACCUGUUGGUGGGCGACGUCCUGCAGCGCGCUCGGCCCAUCCGCAAGAAGGACAACAAGUACUACAUCCCGGGCGUCCUGUACAGCAAGGCCAGCUACCCGCCGUACGCGGGCGGCGGCGGCUUCCUCAUGGCGGGCGGCCUGGCCCGGCGCCUGCGCAGUGCCUGCGACACCCUGGAGCUGUACCCCAUCGACGACGUCUUCCUGGGCAUGUGUCUGCAGGUGCUGAGCGUGCAGCCCACAGCCCACGAGGGCUUCAAGACUUUCGGCAUCACCCGGAACCGCAACAGCCGCAUGAACAAGGAGCCCUGCUUCUUCCGCUCCAUGCUCGUGGUGCACAAGCUGCUGCCCGCCGAGCUGCUGGCCAUGUGGGGGCUGGUGCACGGCAACCUCACCUGCGCCCGCAAGCUGCAGGUGCUCUGA